AUGAGAGAAGUAUUGAGCAUAAAUUUAGGACAGUGUGGCAUACAAGUUGCAAGUUGUUUUUGGGAAAUGCUUGCGAAUGCCUUGCGAUGUUCUGACAACAUAACUCCGGACGUGGAGCAAGUAUCGAGUUACUUUUCUCAUACAAAUGGCAACAUAACUUCAGAUCAAAUGUCUGCCGCCAAUGUUGAGGAUUACAUAAGCACAUUGAAGGCUAAAUGUAUUCUGGUGGAUACAGAUCUAGGUACAAUAUCGGAAAUACUACAAAGGCAACACCUACACCACAUAGACAGUGGCAACAUUGUGUGCGGCACAGAAGCGACGGGAAACAAUUGGAGCACAGCAUAUUGCAAUUAUGGCCCCCAAUACCAUGCUGCAAUGGAAGAAUUGCUGUCGACAAACCUUGAAAUCUGCGAUGAGUCGUUCCAAUAUUUCAAUCUCACCUUCGGGCUUGCCGGUGGCACAGGCGCUGGCCUGGGAAGUUAUAUGUUGGAUUUGUUAAGCGAUGAAUAUGGGAAGGUUCCUCGCAUUUGCAACGUCAUAACUGAGGGUACCAUGGCGGCAGUGUCCCCUUACAAUACCGUAUUCUGCCUUAAACAUCUUAACGAUUUGAGCAGCAUCACUAAUUUAUUCUCAAACGAGGCAUUAGCACAGCAGAAAAUGCAGUCAAAUGAGACAGAGUUGCCAACAUCACGGAAUCAGAAGCCCAAUAAGGAAAUCGGAUUUAACCAUGAGAAUGGACUAAUCAGCUCUCACUUGAAGGAGUUCGGCCUUGCAACGGUCACUAAAAAGUAUCCGGGUUUCAAUAUAAGAUCGGUACUGAACACAUUAAUUCCUCUACCUGGGCUCAACCUCACGUGCCCAUCAAUGGCGCCGAGGCAUAUUAUCAAUGAAGGUGCUAGUACGGAAGCUUUGAUCAACGAAUUGAUGAGGCCUUCAAACCGUAUUUCACCGAUUCCGCAAAAGAUCAAAAGCUCUCCGAUUGCAAUGGCUAUACAUGGGCAUUUUAACAACGAUUCUUUCAAGUACAUAAAGAGACUGAAACUGAAGCACAACAUGGUUGGGUGGAAUAGAGACGCUGUGAAAAUAUCGUUACCAGGAGCCAAUUGUAUACAGGAUGUAUCCGCAAAACAUGCUGGGAUGUACGGCAUCACUAACGACAGUUCUAUAUCCUCAUUUCUGCAAAGCUCACUAUCUAACUUUGAUCGUUUAUAUUCAAAAAGAGCUUUUUGGCACCAUUAUAGUGACGUAUUUGAUGAAGAUGAUUUUUCUAUGGCCAGGGAACACAUAGAAAAGCUACGUGCAGACUAUGAUACCACAAGCAACUUCAUGAUGCCUCCACAUCAUUUACUCGAUGAAACGUCUUUAGCAUCGCUAGGCGUGAAGCUACACAGCGCAAGUGAUAAACCAUGCACAGAUAUUUGGAACGAGACACCUGGACUCAUAGACUGUAACAAACAACACUGGUGGGAUCUUAAUGGCUCACCAUUAUUGUGA